UGGCUCCUGUUAUGGUUCUUUAAUUUCAAGGUUCUCCCGUAGAACUAAGUUUUGCACAAGAGAUCCAAAUGGAACUGAAAGUUGCCCAAAAAUAGAAGAGUCGAGCACAUGCAUCAAAGAUAAAUUUCCAGAGAGACAUUAACACUGUCAUUGCAAUUGUAUUGCUACUUACUCCUAUCAUCGCAAUUAAUGGAAGGAUUAAAGCAGGCUGCGUAUGAAACUACGGUGAAGCUCAUGUUGGCUGCACUCGAACGCAAGUUGCUCCCUGACAUUGUCACCAGAACACUCACGCGCUUCUUGUUGGCUACUCGCCUUCGCUCUGCUCACAAAUCAUUCUCUGAACUCCACCUCUCCGAUCUCCUCCAAUUUGCACAUUCUUUACAAGAUAUGCCCAUAGCAAUCAAUACCGAGAAGCCAAAAUCUCAACAUUAUGAAUUACCAACUGCUUUCUUUAGGAUGGUGCUCGGAAAUAAUCUCAAAUACAGCUGCUGCUAUUUUUCUUCUGCCUCAAUGACGCUGGAUGAUGCUGAAGAAGCAAUGUUGAAACUAUACUGUGAGAGAUCAAACCUCAAAGAUGGGCACACAGUACUUGACGUGGGAUGCGGUUGGGGAUCUCUGGCUUUAUACAUUGCCAAGAAGUACACUAACUGCAGGGUAACUGGAAUCUGCAAUUCCACAACUCAAAAGGCUUACAUUGAGGAGAAGUGCCGGGAUCUUCAGCUGCAAAAUUUGGGUAUUAUUGUUGCUGACAUUAGCACUUUUGAAAUGGAAGCUUCUUAUGACAGAAUAUUUUCCAUUGAAAUGUUUGAGCAUAUGAAGAACUAUAAAGAGCUUCUCAAAAAGAUAUCCAAAUGGAUGAAAGAGGAUAGCCUUUUAUUUGUUCAUCACUUCUGCCACAAAGCAUUUGCCUACCACUUUGAGGACAUAAAUGAUGAUGAUUGGAUUACAAGAUACUUCUUUACUGGAGGAACUAUGCCUUCAGCAAAUCUACUUCUUUAUUUCCAAGAUGAUGUUACAGUCAUCAACCAUUGGUUAGUGAAUGGGAAACACUACUCAAAGACAAGUGAAGAAUGGCUCAAAAGAAUGGACCAUAGAAUGACUUUGAUCAAGCCAAUUAUGGAAUCAACAUAUGGCAAGAAUUCGGCUAUCAAGUGGAUUGCAUAUUGGAGAACGUUCUUCAUAGCUGUUGCAGAACUUUUUGGAUACAAUAACGGUGAAGAGUGGAUGGUUGCACAUUUUCUUUUCAGAAAGAAAUAAAGUAAGCCCAAAUUGUAAUAUGAGGUUGCACACUUCAAUAAUGUUUCGUAUUUUUAUCAACUUAUUUUAAUUCGGCACCUAA